AUGGAUCAUGCUGUCCCUUUGACCUGUAGAAACAUCGAAUUUACGCCCCCAAGAGGCAGUGCUGGUGAGACCAACCAGGGCACCCUUGUCAAAGUCACAGCAUGUUCAUCAUCUCAUUGGUUCUUCAUUCGAUUAAUUCUUCGCUCCAUGCAGUACGGCGAUAAGAUGGUCCUCGCCCAUUUGGUGAUGGUCUUUGUCGGCGCAUAUAUCCCCUCUCUAGUCUUCUUCUUUAGCAGUCUAUGUACGGUCCGCUCCUCAAAAGACGCUGUGAGAACAGCAUUUACAUAUCUCAAAUACGCCCUCCUUAUAUUCUCCGCGCAUGCCUUGUUUGACGCUACCGUGUACGGCAUAGCCCUCGGUCGUAGCUUGGAGUUCUCAGACGCCGACUAUGACGAUUCCGACUUUGACUGGGGAAGAUAUGCCACCUUGAUGAAAGCUCUUGGAGUUUCUCUAAGUGUUUUUCAAGAGAUUGCCAAGAUGAGUGAUCUUUUCACAGAUAUCCUCAUAGCUAUCAUCCUUCUUCGUUUAAGCGUCGCUAUCCUCAGUAUCUAUUCUGGUAGUGCUAUGGGCAACAAACUUCGACUUGUCUCUUACGCCAUGGUUUUGGUGUUGGGCCCUUUAAUUCUCGCCGUCUUUGGACUUCGAAUGCGCUAUAUAUUCGAGUUCUACAACGGCGAUUAUGAUAUCGGAAAAUAUAGCGCUCUAAAGGGCCUGCAGAUUGACUUUUCUAUUAGGGUCAUGCUCCUCGCCAUUUCCCUUGCCGUUCUUGUCAGGGCUAUCAUGGUUAAGAAGCAGAUUAAGGCUGAUAAGGAUCUUACUUGGGCCUCUACUAUGCUCAUCGUCGCUUCUGUAGUCUGGCUCCUGCACACAAGUUUUGCCAUGGCAUCUAUUGCUGCAUGGGACAACUUGGGUAUCAUGGGUAUACCUCCUAUCAGAUACGAACACUACAACUACAUAUUCGAAGCCGUCUUUAGGAUCUGGCCUCAGUUUGCUGUCCUGGUUAUUGUUUACGUUAUAGGACGCGCUAAAACCAACGGGAUCUGGUCUAAGCAGCAGAGGUCUCCGAGGCACGUUGAGGGGGGCAAGUAA